UGUCAGAUGUAGCUUCUUGUGUCUUCUCAUUAGCACCAAUAUUUUAUUUUACUGGGUUUGUUUAAGGCUUCUUUGUGGAACUUCGAGGUUGAAACUGACACGAUGCGGAAUGACUCGUCAUUGCUCCUCAAAGCUACUUUAUUUCUCCUUCCACGUCAUAUUGGGAACUUUCAAGCGCAAUCACGGUAGCUACUGCAGAACGAACAACAGUCGGAAAGCAGUACGUACUUGGCUCACGCACAUUGUAAAUCAUUUUUGGGAUUAGUCGACUUGUCCGAAGAUCCUGAUUUUCAAGAUCAGCCACUUUUGUGAAGGAGUCUUCAGGCUGGGGUUUUGAGAAUUGUGUGUGAAGGAGUCCGGAGGUUCACAACGUUUGCGAAGAUGAAGAAGCUCUGCGCUCUCGUGAUGAUUCUCCUGGUGAUGGCAUGUACGCCUUGCCAUGGCCAGAAGGAUAUUUGCAUCGUGGGUAGUGGAAUGGGCGGGGCGUCGGUAGCUUAUUUUCUGAAGGAGUAUGCGCAGGCGCCUCUGCAGAUUUCCAUAUUCGAGCAGAGCGAUAGGGUUGGGGGGCGCAUGUCCUUGGUAGAGCUCGAAGGGGACACAUUCGAGGCAGGGGGUUCUGUCAUCCACCCUAAAAACUUGCACAGUUUGAAAUUUACGGAGCUCUUGGGACUGAAUCGAACCACUGGCGACGACGAUGAUAGUUUCGGAAUUUGGGAUGGAACCCAGUUUGUGUUCCAGACCGCUCGUGCUGGCGAUUCCAUCUUUUCCAAGACCUUCACUCAGAUUAUGAAUACGCUGUCGAUCAUGUGGAGGUAUGGCCUUAGCUUGUGGAAGAUGCAAACUUAUACCAAUGGAAUGCUGGAUAACUUUAUGCAAAUCUACAAAGAUGAUCGUCCGGCGUUUGACACAGUCGAAGAGCUGCUUAAAUCGGUGGACCUCUACAACAGAACUCAGUACACUUUAGAAGAGUUGCUGCUGGAGGCGGGACUGUCUAGGCUCUUGAUUGAUGAGCUUAUCACGGUCACCAUGCGGAUCAACUACGGCCAGAAUGUGAGCAUAAGUGGAAUGGCAGGGGCUGUCUCGAUUGCAGGAUCCCAAGGAGGGUUAUGGGCCGUGGUUGGAGGUAACUGGCAGUUAGCAGAUGGUUUGAUUCGUCACACAAAUGCCUCGUUGUCCUUGAACCACAAAGUGGUGUCCGUCACUGCCGUCGAAGAAAAGUACGAGUUAGCUUUCGAACAAGGUACUGCAACAUGUGAUGUUGUCGUGAUGGCAACGCCAUUGGAUGAGUCCAAAAUCACUUUUAUACCCUCUGUCAAUCUCCUCAAGCGACACAUGCAACAUACGUACACUACCUUUGUGCGUGGACUGCUGAAUCCGGGUUAUUUUGGCGCCACCUGCAAUACUAUCCCAGAUUUGAUUGGAACCAAGGAGGAUUCAAAGAUUCCCUUUUCUUCCAUCAGCGUUCUCAAGGAGUACAAUGCAACUGACAAAGCUUACAAGAUCUUCUCUCGUGCUCCAUUCACGGAUGAGCUUCUCGACCUCAUUUUCAGCACCCACAGGAGCACCAUUCGCAUCGACUGGCCUGCAUACCCGCACUAUUCGGCACCUGAGAGAUUCUCUCCUUACGUCUUGGAUGGGAAGCAUCUAUACUACAUUAAUACAUUCGAAAGUGCUGCGAGCGCUAUCGAGACAGCUGCAGUUUCGGCACAAAAUGUGGCUCGGCUCGUCCUCUCCCAUCUCUCUGCAGGUAGCUUACGAACGCCAAGUGUUAAGGGCGUCAGUGUGCAGGAUGUGGACGAUGACCUUUAGGCCUGUGUAACGCAUACUAUUCAAUCGUUUAUAGAUUCAUCGUACCUUCCUGAGAACCUGCGAAUUCGUUGGUUCGUGCUUACAAAAACUAUCAUUACCAGCAGGAAGUGUGACGGUGUUGUAACUAGUAUGCCAACACUUAAUGGUUACGACUGACAAGGGCAGAUUCCGAUCA